AUUGGUCAUUUUGACAGUUCCAAAAGAAUGGAAAACGUGCGUGUGUGUAUAGCAGAACAGAACAGUAUACUUACUUGCACGAGGUUAUUAAAUGUAAAAUUGUUGAUAGGUAUAAUAUAAUUUUGGUAUUUGAUUGUCAAAGAGGCAACAGUCAUGGGGAAGAAGCGAAGAGCUUAUGAAAUGGAUCCUACUUGCUUAUAGAAUUUACACAAAGUAAGGAGGAACGUAUGAUGAUGACAAUUGGAGAGAUCAUUCGAGAACUUUUAAAUGCACAUGAAGCCAAUAAGGAUGUGGAUUUAAACAAACUAAAAACACAGAUUUCAUCCAAAUAUGGUCUUUCAUCAUCACCUAAAUUAGUUGACAUCAUUGCUGCUGUUCCAUAUGAUGUCAAACACAUUCUUUUGCCAAAACUUAAGGCAAAACCCAUUAGAACAGCGAGUGGUAUCGCAGUUGUAGCCGUCAUGUGUAAGCCACAUAGAUGUCCACACAUUAAUAUGACAGGAAAUAUUUGUGUUUAUUGUCCUGGUGGUCCAGAUUCAGAUUUUGAGUACUCUACACAAUCUUAUACAGGAUAUGAACCUACAUCAAUGAGGGCAAUACGGGCUCGUUAUGAUCCUUUUUUACAGACAAGACAUAGAGUCGAACAGUUAAAACAGUUAGGACACAGUGUAGAUAAAGUAGAAUUUAUAGUUAUGGGAGGAACAUUUAUGUCUUUACCAGAAGAUUAUAGGGAUUAUUUUAUAAGAAAUUUGCAUGAUGCUCUAUCUGGACAUGUAAGCAAUAACGUAGCGGAAGCUGUUAAGUAUUCAGAAAGAAGUAGAACUAAAUGUAUAGGUAUUACUAUUGAAACACGACCAGAUUACUGUUUGAAAAAGCACUUAUCAGACAUGUUAAAUUAUGGAUGUACUCGAUUGGAAAUUGGAGUUCAGUCUGUAUAUGAAGAUGUAGCUCGAGAUACUAAUAGGGGUCACACAGUACGAGCAGUUUGUGAAAGUUUUCAACUAUCUAAAGAUGCUGGGUUCAAAGUUAUUGCACAUAUGAUGCCUGAUCUCCCUAAUGUGGAUAUUGAAAGAGACAUUGAGCAAUUCAUUGAAUUUUUCGAAAAUCCAGCUUUUAGAGCUGAUGGUUUAAAAAUAUAUCCUACUUUAGUUAUUAGAGGCACAGGAUUAUAUGAAUUGUGGAAAACAGGAAGAUAUAAAAGCUAUCCACCAAGUGUACUUGUUGAUUUAAUAGCACGAGUCUUAGCCCUUAUCCCCCCAUGGACGCGCGUCUAUCGUGUUCAAAGAGAUAUUCCUAUGCCUUUAGUAAGUUCUGGUGUAGAGCAUGGAAAUCUUCGUGAAUUAGCUCUUGAAAGAAUGAAAGAUUUGGGAGUCACCUGUAGGGAUGUCAGAACAAGAGAAGUUGGAAUUCAAGAGAUACACAAUAAAGUUCAACCUAAUGAAGUUGAAUUAAUUCGUCGGGAUUAUGUGGCAAACAAUGGAUGGGAAACGUUUUUGUCUUACGAAGAUCCUUUACAAGAUAUAUUAGUUGGUUUAUUGAGACUUAGAAAAUGUUCUAAUGACACUUUCAGAGCUGAAUUAAAGGAAAAGUGUUCUAUUGUAAGAGAACUUCAUGUAUAUGGAAGUGUUGUGCCAGUAAACGCGAGAGAUCCUACGAAAUUCCAACAUCAAGGUUUUGGUAUGCUAUUGAUGGAAGAAGCAGAAAGAAUCGCAAGGGAAGAGCAUGGAUCUAAAAAAAUUGCUGUUAUUUCAGGUGUAGGAACUAGGAAUUACUACCGGAAAAUGGGCUAUGAAUUAGACGGACCUUAUAUGUCAAAGUCUCUUUAAUAAUAAACUUUUUAUACGGCUAAAA